AUGAGCUUCUACGGGAAGGCAGAUACGAAGCGUUACUGGAUGUAUGUUCAUUAUGAACCUGUACUCUACUUCGGAGAACGAAUGCUCAAAUCCAUCAUCCGUAUCCAAGAUACCCAAGGAAAUAGACAUAUACUCGAAAGGAAGAGUGCGAGAGCCGCACUGGCACCAAGGGCAGACGCAGCGCCGGAAACAGUGAAAGACAAAGCACCGUUGAACGCGGGGGAUGUAUUUGAUGUGCUGCUGCUGGCAGUAGAAGAGGAGGCUGCGACGGGCGAAGACUUGAUCGUGGCUGAGCAGAUGCGUGUGCCUUUGAUGCCGGAGGGUGAUACUCGAGACGACGAUGGCCUCGGUUAUAGUAUGAGCCGUCUUGUCGGUGGCUGGGCAGUCAUCGACAGUCGAGAAACAGGCUGUGAGGCGGGGUAUUCAGUUUCGAUGAUUGUGAUUGUCAAGGUCACAGCACAUGCGGUGCUACUUGGCGAGUUUGAGGAGAUGUGUGAUGAAGCGAUCAAUUUCUCGGAGCUGGCAUGA